AUGGGCAGAGGAGGGCACGGUGAUGGCGGUGACGCACCGUGCACGCCAGCCGCGGCUAUCGUCUUCCUGGUCGCUCUUUUCGCCGGCACCUUCUGCACCAUCUUUUGCAAGGCGCCGAUGCCAAUCUCGCCUGCAGCGAUGGGCAUGACCACCGAGGGCUACACGGGCGAGAUGGAAAACACAAAAUUCCCCAUCUUCUUCACGUUCGCCAUGUUUCUGGGCAUGUCUUGUGCGCUGCCGGCGCACUUCAUCAACGAGGCCUGCAAGUCCAAGGACUCAGGCAUGCCCGACACGCCGAAGCUCGGUCUCAAGGGCGUGCUGCUGCUGGGCCUGCCCUCGGUCUUUGACCUUCUCGCGACGGCGCUGACCACAGUCGGCCUCCUCCACAUCCCGGCCUCGAUCUGGCAGCUGCUGCGAGGCGGUGCGAUCGUCCUCGUCGCGCUGAUGAAGAAUUUUGCGCCGGAGGCGGAGGGGCGGCGGCUCGCGGUGCACGCCGAGGGGCAAAAUCCGAUCCUCGGCAUGGCGGUGACCGCACUCGGCACGCUGAUGCAGUCCUUCCAGUACGUGUACGAGGAGAAGGUGAUGGCGGACAUGGACUGCCCGCCCCUGCUGCUCAUCGGCACGGAGGGUGCCUUCGGCUUCGUCCUCUGCGGCCUCGUGCUCUACCCGAUCGCCUACGCCAUGCCAGGCGUCGACCACGGCCACUACGAGGACCCGUUCAACACCCUCCACAAGAUCUCGCACAACAUGACGCUGCUCGGCUUCAUCGCCUGCUACACCUCGCUCAUCUUCGUCCUCAACUCGCUCUCGAUCGUCAUCACGUACAUGCUCUCCUCCGUCUGGCACGCCAUCCUCGACAACUUCCGGCCCGUCUUCGUCUGGAUCUCAUCGCUGAUCAUCUUCUACCUCGUCUCGAGCGGCACUGCCGGAGAGGAGUGGACCUGGCCCGCGUCGUACGUGCAACUUCUCGGCACCGUCGUGCUCCUCUUUGGCACCGCCGUGUACAACGGCUCGGUCGCCUUGCCCGGCCUGGAGGACGGCGAGCCGCUCAAGGAGACGCUGCUGCCCUCCGAAGGAAGCAAGGCCUCCGCCUCGCCGCGCGCGUCGAUCCCGCAGCUCGGCCUCAACAGCUCGCCGGUCCUCGCGAAGAACGUGAUGCGGGUUGCUUCUGGACGGCUCAGCCGGUAG